AUGGAAUAUUUUAAUAAAUAUAUCAAAAACAUAAUUGAACUAUUGGACAAAUUUAAUCCUGAAACUGACAGCCCUGAACAAGUUCUGGAACAGAUGUGUGACAUCCUGCAGCAGACUGUCAGUAUUGAAGAUGAAACCUUCAUUAUGGAAGUUCUCUCUGGAUGUCUGGAAUAUAAGAAGUUACUGGAAGUAGUAGUCACUGCCUUUUAUGCCCAUGCCGGGAAGAAGUUUCUGUGGUGUGACUACAAUCUCUUUAUAGUUAUUUGUUAUCUGUCCACUUUUUGCCUGGAUAAAAUUGGUCUUCAAGGCUUCAGCAAAAUUAUCAAGUCUCUGGAUAGCGGCAAAAUGUAUAAGUUUCUCCAGUUUUUUUUCAACGUCAUAAACUUGAGCACAUGGAUAAAAGAUGAAUGGAGUUUAAUAUAUGAUUCUACUUAUGUAAAGGAAACCUGGAUUGAACCAUUGUUGAAAUCCAGCACUGCAUCCACUGGGCCACCAGCUGCCUUUGAGACCAUUAAGGAUAUUCAAAAAGAUGUGCCCAAGGUUCUAAAUGUCAAAGCCUCUGCAGCAUUACUCCUAGAAGCAAACUUGGAGCCAUAUAAGUGUGCAAUCAUCAAACAAGAUAAAAAAGAACGAGAAUUGAAACCGCUACCUGAAUACAGGUUCAAGGCAGCCGCGAGAACGAGGGCGAAAGUUCCGUUGGUUUUCUAUGAGCCCGACAACAUCCCUGUGAGACUGAAUGCCGCAGCACUGUACCGAGAGGAGGCCCUGUACCAACAGAAAGCAGAGAAGGAGCUUCAGAGAGUUGAGGAUCUCCUGCAAGGAUACAAAGGCUACUCGGAAUUUGUAGAACGGCAAAAGAAAAUACAAGAAAAAGAAUUAGAGGAGAGGCUGGCUAAGUCAGAGUACCAUAGACUGCAAGGGAAGCUAUGCCGGGAAGAAGCCAUUAUCCAACAUCAGAACUUAGCUAAGGAGAACAAUAAGAAAGCCAAUAAGAAGAAAGAACUGGAUGCCGGUCAUCGCCUGUUUGGGGAAAUGUCCUUUGUGGAGCUUCAGGAGAGGCUGCUGUUGCUGAAGGAACACCAAAAACGAGAUGAAGAAGACAAGCGGGACCAGAUCAUCCGGGAAAAGCAAGCGAAGAAGAAUGAUCUUAUGGAAAGAGCUGAAAAGAUUGCUAUGUGCCGAGAAGCCUGCGGGAGAGCAGAAGCAUUAAAAUUUGAGGAAAAAAAGAAGCUGGACUUCCAUACAGCCAAAGCUGCCAUUAAAGAUGAGCGCAAUUUAGAGCUGAAGAGAAAAAUCCAGGAGAUAAUAGAAGAGCGCCAAAAAGAGGGAGAUCUCCUGAAGGCAAGAUUCCAGAAGGCUAAGAAAGAGUCAGCAGCAUGGCGCAGGACCAAGACGCCUUUUGAAGAACGCCACUGGAGACUGUUGGAGAGGGGCCAAGAAAGACUUUACAGGAAACUUCAGAAAGAAACAGUUCCCAGAGCAGCAGAGCAGAGAGACAUGUUCCGUGUGUCCACCCUGAGCGGAGCUUUACCAUGCAUUCUGAGGUCUCAAAAUGCCACCUAA